GAAAGAAGAAUGUCACCAAAUAAAAAGAAAUGGUAAUGGCGGCAAGAGAGGCCAAUCGAAAGAAAAUUGUCGAGUAUUUGAAUCAAUCUAACGACAAAACAAGGACCUUGAAAGACAUAGUUCGUCAUGUAGGAACAGACAGAAAAUCCAUUAACCAAAUACUCUAUGCACUGAAGCGUCAUAAUUUUUUAGAGCAGGUGUCGGGCAUUCCUCCUGUUUGGAAACUCCGGAGCUAUGCACAGGCGCUUAGAGCUCCAAUAUGGCCCCAAAAUAAUAAAUACACCGCCCGUAUAGCGUCUCCUACAAAGAAACUGAAACAUACCAGAGAGACCUUUCAGAUCAAUCCUCAGCAGGCACAGAAAAUUAUACAGUUCCUCCAAACCCAAAAUAUGCCUAUCAAAUCUAUAGACAUAGCUAGACAUUUAGGCUUCAGAACAUCAAGAGAAAUUAAUCCCACAUUAUACCACAUGGAGAAAACUGGAAUAGUGCAAAGGUCUGGAGAUAGGGGGUCAGUAACAUGGAUCCUAAAUCCUGCAGAAGGGACGCAGCAAGCUGCCUUGUUGGAUGACCCGGGAAUAGUGGGAGUUGGGAUGCUACAGAAUUCACCACAAUUUGCAUAUGUAGAACCACAACAGGACUCUGGAGGUAUAAAAGUGGAAGGCCAAUUUGAACAGUCUUUUAAUGCUUCGAAUACUUUUAACAGCAAUUUUAGUCAAUGUGCAAGUGCUGAUGUGAGUAUCGAGGAUCCGUUCAUGGGAAAUCUUACGAGUAAUCAGUUAUCUGAGAUCGAGUACGAGUCUUCGCAAUCGGAACCUAGUCUGAAUUUGGAUCAAAUAAACGAUGCCAAAAGGACUUUAAGAAGCAAAGGUUACAUCGACGAUGAGAGUGAUGUAACGAGUGUUGGCGAAGACACAGAGAAUGAAAUGGAAACAUAUCUUGCUCCUCUUCAGUCCACUCCUCUGGUGACCAGUCCUGAAGAUAAUUCAGGGAGUCAGUUAGAGGACACUGGUAGCAGUGCUACAGCACCUUACUAUCAAAGUGACAGUGAUAUGAGUGAACCUGGGCAGAUGGACCAAGUAUUGAAAGGGUUGUUAAAGUGUCCCAAUAGUACAGGGGUGAAUUUCGUUAUUGCUAGCAAAGCUGGCCUAGAAAAAGGUGAGGUUGAAGAUAUUCUACAGAACUGUUUAAAAUCAAAAUAUGUUUCCACAACUAAUUCUCCAUCAGGGACUAUUUACAUGCUAACAGAAAAAGGUGAAAAUUAUAUUAAGAGCAAAAUAGGGAAAAUGGAAACAAAAGGACUUAUGACAGUACAGCAGAUAUGUGCUCCUCCUCGAAACAUGAAAAAGGAAUUUACAGGUCCCCCACCAGUGCCAGCCACUCUUGUGAACAACCCUAACAGUGAAUUUUGUAACACUGACCUUUCAAAGCUACAAAAUCGUGAUGAACAAACAAUUACCCACACCAUCAGUAAUAAAAGAGAAAACAUGAACAUUCAAGAUAGUCCUGGUCCUCAACCUUUAAUGUCCAUUAACUUUACAGAAAGUAAUUCCCAGCCAUUUGGAGGUACAAAUACAAGGGCACCUUUUUCAAGUUUACCCCCAUCUUUAAACACUGUACAGUCUAGUUUUAAUUUUCAGCAGAGGGGUCCGCCUACAACAUUUGGAAGAGGGAGGGGGAGAGGUUUGAUGAAUUAUCAGAGUACCAGCACUAGUGGUUCACCUGGCGGCUUCACACGCCCCCCUCCUCCAGUGGAGGUGAUCAGAAAACAGUUAAAUCAGACAGGUAUUUCACCCAGGUGUGAGGCAGAGGCAAACAUGGGGAUUUCUACCAGUAAUGUCAGUAUAGGGCUGCAGAGACUUGCAGGACAGUCAGCAUCAAGUCCACCACAGACAUUUUAUCAACAGCAAAGCAUGUCCAAUUCUUCAAAUUGUUUACCACGUGUUGAUUCAGGAUUACAAGACAGUGGAAGUGGGCCUAGAUCCCUUGGAUUGCCCAUGAGGCCCAGUAUGUAUCCCGGUGGAAUGGACCCCCAGCCACAGUCCUUGCCUCCCAUGGGAAGUACAAGAUUGUUAAAUCCUUUUGAGCCAAGUCCUCUGGAUCUGAAUUCAGAAAGUUUUGCAGCUCUUAACAAAAAUCCUGUCAGUGCUCUGAUGGAAUAUGCCCAGUCACGUCACCAGGAGGCAGAAAUCCGAGUCAUUUCCCAAAGUGGGCCUUCCCAUAAACCUAAGUUUGUUAUGGGUGUGUUCAUUGGUGGUAAGCAGAUUGCAGAAGUGACUUGUUCCAACAAGAAAGAUGGCAGAAAGGAAGCAGCAGACAAGGCUUUGAGGGCACUUAUUGCUUCUGGUGACUACAAAGGCACAAAUAGUGCUGCUGCAUCAAAGCCUCAAGUAUCUAUAGACAAAAUGACCCACUUUGACAAAAUGGCAGCACUGGUCCACAGGUCUUUUAAUGAGCUUUCGGCCAGCAUCAGUGAAAAUUUCUCAGGGAGGAAAGUUAUCGCAGGACUCGUGAUGAAAAUGGCUCCAGAUGACAUUGGAACAGUCAUCGCUAUAGGGACAGGAAAUAGGUGUAUCACAGGGCCACAAUUAAGUCUUGAGGGAAACACAGUCAAUGAUUCUCAUGCAGAAAUCAUCACAAGAAGAGGAUUUAUAAGGUUUUUAUACAAGCAGCUGAUGACCUAUAAUCCUGCCAAGAAUCAUCGACUUUUUGAGCCGUCACCAACUGGAAAAAUCCGCUUGAAGAAAAACAUCACAUUUCAUUUGUAUAUUUCUACUGCUCCUUGUGGAGAUGGAGCCUUAUUCUCUCCAAGAGAUGAAGCCUCAAACAAUGCUGUACUGAGCAAUAUAGAUGACAGAACACACACGCCCACUUUCACCAGUGCUGCCCAGGGGCUGGUCCGAACCAAAAUGGAGGGAGGUGAAGGAACUAUUCCAGUAGAGGACGAUUUCACAGCUCAGACUUUUGAUGGGAUCCAAAGGGGAGAAAGGCUGCGAACCAUGUCCUGUACAGAUAAAAUUUGUCGCUGGAACGUAGUCGGAAUGCAGGGGGCAUUACUCAGUCAUAUUCUGGAUCCUGUUUAUCUUGAUUCAUUGACUUUAGGAUUACUAUAUGAUCAUGGUCAUCUGUCCCGUGCCAUUUGUUGCCGUCUUGCCCGAGGGGAUCCAGACAUCAACUCCCAGCUCCCCGACUCCUACCAUCUGAACCACCCCUGGCUGGGUAGGGUCACGGUCUGUGAUGUCCCCAGGGAGACCCAGAAGACAAAGGCCUUCAGUGUCAAUUGGUGCUUUGCUGAUGCACAACCUGAGGUCACUGAUGGAACUCUGGGAUUGUGUUGCACAAGCAUUGAGAAGACUUUAUUUUCUCGCUGUUCCAAGAGGAAUUUAUACGAUAGCUUCAAAGAAGUGUGUCUGAAACUAGGAAAAAACAAUUUACUGAAUUUCCAGACUUACGGAAAGGCCAAACAAGCAGCAACUGAAUUUCAGACAGCUAAAAAGGCACUAGUUUUGAAGUUAAAGCAAAACAAUUUUGGAACAUGGGUCUCUAAGCCCCCAGAGGAAGAAAUGUUCUCCUAAUUUCCAGCUUACUGCAUAAUAUUUUACGGUGCUUAUAAAUGGCAUAGGGGGCAUUACUGACAUUCAAUACUGCUUUUUGAAUGUAACAAUUUCGUUUUUACCCUGUGAAAUUAUUUAACACUUUUAUUAUUAUUUUUUUUUUUGAUAAUCUAUAUGUUUACUGCACAGAAAGAAUCUGUUUGUUUCUUUAG